AUGUCAAAUGUAAUUGGACUCGACAAUAUUCAAGAAUUUCACACGGAACUCUUAAAUAAAUAUGUUAACCAAGAUAUAAAGAUGGAAAAGAAUCUAUUCAAUCAACUAAUCAACAUCUUCAGAAGCGUAAACGAAAAAUCUGAUCGUAAAGCACUUAAAGUAAAAUUACAUAAUUUAUACGAAGCUGCCGACCCCUUGGAUUCCAAGAUAACUGAUAUAUUGAUUAACCUUAUAAACAAGUUACCUGGCAAUAUUCUCAUAAAUGAAGUGGUUAAAGAAUUCGAAUUAAUAACUAAUUAUCUUGAUACGGUCCUCAGUCCUAUAAUUCAUGAUCCCCAAAAGAAACUGAUGUACAGAUGGUAG